UUGACAAUGACAUACUCAUUGCAAUGACAUACAAGUCGACACACUCAUACAAUUAAUACAAUGAAAAUUUUCUGUUAAAAUUUAUAAAAACACAAUAAUGUAAGUCCAUCUUUGCUUUCCAUUACGACGAUGAGGUAACCGAUGCUACAUUUCUGUUGACGCUAUGAGUGGGACUAAAGAUAAUGGCGAGAAGGACAAGAAAGAAAAAGCUGCGACUGAUACGAAGCCGGGUCCGACCUGCCCCCCAGUGCGGAACGUGACGCAUCCACUGCGUUACUAUGAGUUCACUCAAGAGGAGAUGAAAGCGCUAGAAGAAUGCGACCGGGAGAGCUUCUACCGGCGCUGCCUACCGUUUAGCACGUUGUUAGCUACCGCCACUUACACAGCCAUUAAAUGCGAGCUCCUGAAUAGAAACCCUCACUUUGGUGCUCUGCCAAAAGUAAUGGUUGCCGCGUUUGUGGGAUACGUCUGGGGUCGGGUGUCGUACAUGUCCAAUUGCGACGAGAAGCUACGGAAGCUGCCGGCCAACAGCCAUCUCGGCAACGUCAUGAGAAAGUACUACGCCGACAGCCUUGCCUUUGAAGCAGAAGUCAAUAAAAAGGGUGACGAGAAGUAGAAAUAAUCGUGACACUGAUGAUGCUAGUCGAUAUAUUUCAUAGUACCACCAGGCCGUUUUCGCUUUGCUUUGUCUAAACUGACACAUAUGUACAUACAAAUUGCCUGCCUUACACUCCGCAUGCAUAUCACGAAGCCUCUCGUAAGAAUUCUAAAAAUGUAUCUAUCUAUCAUACGGUUAUAAUUAUAUUGAAACGAUUUAAAAAAAACUGCGAAUAUAAACAUUUGUUAGUACCCGUAGGUGCAUGCUAAACCUAAAUUCGCUGCCAAUUCGAGAUUUUUUAAUUUCGUUUCAAUUUAUUUUUAAACAUUAUCACUUUGAGGAGUUAUUAUUGUAUGCAUAAACCGCAAAUCACUUACUAUAUUAAUUAAGUAUGUGUAAUCGUGCACUGUUUGGUAUGAAGCGUGUUUCAUCGUUUUAGUCCUCUUCGCUUAAAUGCGAGUCAAGUACAAUGUUUACGUCUGAUGGUGCCUUCAUGAAAACUUUAGCUAGAGUUGAAUAACGCCAGUGUACAUUAGGGAUAGGUCUUGCAUUCCCUAUUUACCUAUUAAUCUCAUCAUAUUACAUUAAUACGUGAAUUGUUACUUGAAAUCUAUCGACGGUAAUCCAUGUUUUAUUUUUGUUAUUUGCUACGACAUACAAAAAGUUUAUUUCUUGUUUUU